GAAAACCACCCGCUACCGAUGUAUUGGUACUGGCCAUGGUCAAGUAUGCCCUCUCAUAGCUACCGGCGCACAACGCGAGGCAGGUAGCAUCAGUUGUACCAUCUUCAUCUCUGUGCUAUGGCGCUCCGUCAAACCAGCUGGACGGCACUGUUCUCACUGUCAUUUUUGUGCAUACAGACAGAGACAAACCCUGACCAUCGAUGAUCCCUCAGUUUAUCCAUCCAUGGCAGAGUAAGUGCCUUUCAAAUCACACGAUGGUUCUUCGUCGACGGACAGAGGGUCAUCUUGAACCACCAUCUUGUUGUUUUUAUGGAAGUGUCUUCUGCGCUAAACCCUAGGACGCGCUAUCUGUUCGCUCUCAAGGACCCUUGUUCGAAACCAUUAUGUCGGGAGAAACCUUACACGAUGCGAUAUGUCGCCGUUUUCAUUGGUGCAGGGACUGUGAACGCGACCCUUGAUAAUGGUUCAAACGUCAGGAAGUGCUACACAGCGGUACCGAGAACGACAAAAGCAAGACUUUCAAGUCUUACAUUGAAUUCUCCUCACCGUACAAUGGCCUUCAAAACACUCGCUGCUUUUCUCUCCCUCGCCGCUCUUCAGGUCGCAAAUGCUGCUUUGACCAGACGUGUCGCUUGCGCCGACGGCAUCAACACGGCGACGAACGCAGCUUGUUGCUCUCUGUUCGCCCUUCGUGACGACCUCCAAGAGAACCUCUUUGACGGUGGCGAGUGUGGUGAGGAAGUGCACGAAUCUCUUCGUCUUACCUUCCACGACGCUAUUGGCAUUGGUUCCACUGGUGGUGGCGGAGCUGACGGUUCCGUCGCAAUAUUCGAGGAUAUCGAGACUAACUUUCACGCCAACGCUGGUAUUGACGAGAUCAUCAAUGAACAGAAACCGUUCCUCGCCAGACACAACAUCACCGUCGGUGACUUUAUUCAAUUUGCCGGCGCGCUCGGCGUGAGUAACUGCGCUGGUGCUCCCCGUCUGCCUGUCUUCCUCGGUCGUCCUAACGCCGUUGCUCCUGCUCCCGACGGGACUGUACCCGAGCCGUUCGAUUCCGUCGACAAGAUUUUGGAACGUUUCGAUGACGCCGGCAAGUUCAGCACCGUUGAAGUCGUCUGGCUGCUUAUCUCGCAUACGAUCGCUGCCGCCGAUCUCGUUGACCCGAGCAUCCCUGGAACACCCUUCGAUUCUACUCCUUCACGUUUCGACACUCAAUUCUUCCUCGAGACCCAGCUCCGGGGAACUCUGUUCCCAGGAAUUGGUGGCAACCAGGGUGAAGUCGAGUCACCUUUACGUGGCGAAAUUCGUUUGCAAUCCGACCAUACGCUCGCUCGUGACUCUAGAACUGCCUGUGAAUGGCAGUCCUUCGUCAACAAUCAAGCUAAGCUCCAGAACAGGUUCCAGGCUGUCUUCACUAAGAUGACGGUCCUUGGUCACAAUGCUGCCGACUUGAUCGACUGUUCUGAGGUCAUCCCCGAGCCACCUACCUUCACCGGAUCCGCUACCUUCCCCGCUGGGUUCUCCAACAAUGAUGUUGAGCAGGCGUGCGCGAGCACCCCCUUCCCAACUCUGGCCUCUGACCCCGGUCCGGUUACUUCUGUCGCUCCUGUGCCACCCUCUUAAGUGAUUCGUUGACACCAUGACAUGUAUGAUCUUCUCCCGUAGACUUGUGACUCAUCUCGCUCCAUCUCUCGUGUAUAACCUUCUAUCUCUGUCGAAGUGAAUGUAUUUUGGUGCAUCUGUAAUUCGUUCUCG